AGUAAUACGACUAGUAAAUAUAUAUUUUUAACAAUGGGUGCAUAUUUUGGAGUUUCUACAAUAUUUAUUUUAUGUUUGCUGGGAUUUUCAGCCAAUGCUGAGGUAUUCAGCAUUGGUUCCUCUUCAGGUUCUGAUAUUACUCAGGCACUUCUGAAAGCAUUCACAUCGGCAUGCCAAUCUCCGUCACCGAGCAAAGUGGUGAUUCCAAAAGGAGAGUUCAAGCUUGGUGAGAUCGAGAUGAGGGGUCCAUGCAAAGCUCCAGUCGAGAUCACCCUUCAAGGCACUGUCAAAGCUGACGGUAACGCGAUCCAGGGGAAGGAAAAAUGGGUUGUCUUCGGCAACAUUAAUGGAUUUAAGUUGAACGGAGGUGGAGCUUUCGACGGUGAAGGUAACGCGGCUUGGAGAGUCAAUAACUGUCACAAGACAUUCAACUGCAAGAAACUUCCCAUCAGUAUAAGGUUUGAUUUCGUGGAGAACGCUGAGAUCAAAGACAUAUCAUCCAUAGAUGCCAAGAACUUCCACAUCAACGUGCUGGGAGCCAAGAACAUGACCAUGAGUAACAUCAAGAUCACCGCUCCAGAAGACAGUCCCAACACUGACGGCAUCCAUUUGGGAAGAAGUGACGGAGUCAAGAUCCUUGACUCAUUCAUCUCCACCGGAGACGACUGCAUCUCCGUUGGAGAUGGGACGAGUAACCUUCACGUGGAGAAAGUCACGUGCGGUCCAGGACAUGGAAUCAGUGUCGGAAGCCUUGGAAGGUACGGCAAAGAGCAAGAUGUUAGCGGCAUUAGGGUCGUGAACUGCACUCUCCAAGAGACUGACAACGGACUGAGGAUCAAGACAUGGCCUUCUGCAGCUUGCUCCACCACUGCCUCUGAUAUUCAUUUCGAGGAUAUCAUUGUCAAGAACGUUACCAACCCAAUCCUCAUCGACCAAGAGUACUGCCCUUGGAACCAAUGCAACAAGAAGAAAGCAUCAACGAUUAAGCUUGUGAAUAUAAGCUUCAAGAAUGUCAGAGGAACAUCAGGAAACAAAGAUGCAGUGAAGCUACUGUGCAGCAAGGGAUAUCCAUGCCAGAACGUCGAGAUUGGAGACAUUGACAUUAAGUACAGCGGAGAGGAUGGUCCAGCGACUUUCCAGUGCUCAAACGUAAGUCCCAAACUCUUGGGAGCUCAGAGCCCUGAAGCUUGCAGCAGUCCCCUGACCAAACUACCCGGCCAAUAAGUAGAAGCUCAAAACUAUAUUAACCUAAAGCACCCAUACAAUAUUGUAACAUUUUCUAUACAAAAUUUACUAUGAUAUAUGACGUAUGCUCUUAAUAUAUCUAAUUCAAAAAUGAAUGCAUCCAUUAUGCCUUUUUUAUUUUUUAACCAUGAAAACUAUUAAUCUUUCAAUUGCCUCGAGCGGUUCAAGCCAUAGAGUUUUGCCUCAACGAGGGAAAUUUGGUUUUACAUAACUAAUGAGCCAUUUAUUCUAUGGUUAGAGCAAAUUGCGAACUCUAGUCACUAAAUCAUUGGUGAACCAGUUGUGUAAGUGAAGCUUCCGCAGUAGUUCAAGAUGGUUAGUAGUGGCUUGCCUCCCAAGUUUCUUUUUUCUUUUCUUUUUUGGGAUCAACGUAGUGAAAAGAAAUUAUGCGGAGGAUACAUAAUUACAUAUUAUUGGAAUAUCAUAAUUCAACUACUCAUUAGGAUUCAUAAUACUAAUCUAAAAAAUCCAUGUAAUAUUCUUCUAAUUCAAAAUUAAGGAUCUCCAGAUUCAAUCAAUAAAAGUUCGUCAUUAUUGGACUAUAUAUUUGUUUUUAAAAUACAAAAUGAAGAUAAGAAAUCAAAUAAAACAUAAAAAUAGUUUCUAUAAGAUAAAAGUACAUGAACAGAAACGAGUUUGUUUGCGUUCGCAUAAGACAUACAAACAGACUUAUUCUCCAAAGCCCUACAAUGGCUAAAUCCUUUUUCCAAUAUCUCACUAUCAAAAACAAAACAAAAAAAACCUUAAAACCACAAAACAAAAGAAAAACAUAUAACCUCUAGUACAAUCUGCCUCAAAACACAAACCUUAAACAUAACCCCCAA